AUGGAUAUAUUAAUAGAUAAUGUAAUCAAAUAAAUAGAAGAAUUUAUAGAUGCAAAAUUACAUAAACUUGAAUAAAAAAUAUAUUAAAAAAUUGAAUUAUAAGAUGCAAUGAUAAAGUUAAUUCUUGAAAAUUUGAAUUCAUUAAAAAAAGAAACUUAACAAUCUAAUCAAAUUUUGGAAUCUAAACCAUAUAGAACUAAACAUUCAGUUAGUGUAUAUUUAAUUUUUAUUUAGUAAUCUGUUAAAAUUCUUAAAAUUCUUAAUACAUGUUGUGUUUGCAAUCUCAACAUAAUAUAAACAUCAGAAGAAAUAGAAACUAAUUGUCAUCAUUUUUAUCAUGAGAAAUGUCAAUAAAAGAAAGUCAAAUAAUAAAUAGAAAUGGGAUUUGUAACUGGAAAUUGUAUAGGAAGACUUUCUAAUACAAAUAGAUUAUGUUAUGGCAGAAUAAAAAUCUAAGAUUGCAAAUUUUCUGAUUAAAGUAAAUUAAUAAAAACUAAUCUAAAUCAUCAAGCAUUAAAAUUAAUGGGAUAAUUCACUACAUGUCCCAUGAAUGAUUGCAAUUAUUUUUUUUAUUUAGAUGAAAAUAUUGAGAACAGAAUCAAUUUUUGUAGUAAUUGUAAUAAAUUUUUCUGUUAUAAUUGCCUUGAAUUUUGUCAUUAAUAACACCAAUGCUAAAUUAAUCGAUAAUUUUCACAAAUUAUUUGUAAAUUCUGUAAUAAGUGCGGAAUAUUACAAAUAAUCUAAAAAUUAAAACCAUAAUUAGCUUGCACUUAAUGCUAAAACAUGAUAUUUUUAUGA